AGAGGUGAUUAUUGCUGUAUCUUAAAGGAAAAUGUGCGGAGUGACAGAACAGACUCCAUGCAUUUGGCAGUAGGAAACCUCUUCUUAUCACAGACAACAAUGGGAAUUCUGGGAAAUUUUUCUCUUCUCUCUUACUAUCUAGACCUUUUCUACAAUGAAUGCAUAUUAAAGCCCACGGAUUUGAUUCUUACACAGUUGUUCAUAGCCAACUCCUUGAUCAUUAUUUCUAGAGGAGUGCCCCACACAAUGACAGCUUUUGGGAUGAAAUGGUUCUUCAAUAAUUUUGUGUGCAAACUUCUUUUGUUUGUUGACAGAGUUGGCAGGAGCGUGUCCAUUCGCACCACCUGCCUCUUGAAUGUUGUCCAGGCCAUCACCAUCAGCCCCAGGAACUCCUGUUGGAAGGGUCUUAAAGUCAAAGGUAUAAAGUAUGUCAGCCUCUCCAUUUCCCUCUGCUGGCUCCUAUAUAGCAGGAUCAACAUGACGUUCCCUCUGUAUAUAUAUACCAAGGGGAGUCACAGAAACAUGACAGACAAAAGAAAUUUUAACUACUGCUCCAACGUAGGUCAUGAUAAAGUUAUAGAUUCUGUCUGUGCAACAUUAGUGGUGUUCCCUGAAAUUGUGUUUUCCAUGAUCAUCAUCUGGUCCAGCAGCUCCAUGAUUAUCAUUCUGUACAGACACAAGCAACAGGCUCAACACAUCCUCAGCUCUCACGUUUUACAUAAAACUUCCCCUAAGUCUAGAGCCACACAGAACAUCCUGCUCCUGGUGGCCAGCUUUCUAACUUUUUAUACCCUCUCUGCCAUGUUACAAGGCUGCAUUGCUGUUUUAUAUGUACUCCAGCCUUUCCCCGGGCUUCUUGAAAUUAGGGCUGGAUUUCCCCCUACGGGUCGGGAAGUGUGGCUGGAUACUCGUGUUUGUACCUGUGACUCUCCCUGCCCCUUCUUUGCAGAGGCACAAAUAUUCAGCAAGACCAGCUGUGAUCAUUUUGGUAAAUGGGCAAAACUGAGCUCAGCAGGAUGCCUCUGUCUGACUCAGAGGACAAUUGAAAGUAACAAAUGCUGGAAGAAACAUGUUCAAACGUUGAAUUAA